UAGCCGGCGACCAAUAACCCGUCUGUCUGGACUGAGACCAAGGGGAUGAGCGCUCGCCGAGGCCCAAUCAGCGCUUUUGUGUUGCCUGCCGGUGCCGGGGACUGGUCGCGAGGAGCUACUGCAGCGCUUCAGGAUCUGAAAGAGAACCCCGAGCUUGUGGAACCCGAGGGGAAAGUCGAGUCAGGAUGGAGCGGAUGUCUGAGGAGGCGCUGCGGCUGAACCUUCUCAAGCGGGGCCUGGAGACGUCCGAGGAGCGUGAAGAGGCCCUGGCCAAGCGCCUUAAGAUGGAGGGCCACGAGGCUAUGGAGCGCCUCAAGAUGCUGGCCCUGCUCAAGCGCAAGGACCUGGCUGCAUUGGAAGGGGCAGCGGUGGCAGCCGGGUCCCUGGACGGCGGCAAAGGCGGACUGGGGGGGAGCCACCACCACCAGAGUAUGCUGGCGGGCGCGGCGGCGGCCUAUGAGGAGAAGAUGAACGGGAGGCUGGGGGGCCACGGAGGGCCGAGUAAGAACGGCAAGGAGAAUAUGGUGGACGAACCAGUGGACUUCAGCGCCAGAAGAAGCGAUGUGGACCGUGAGCGACACACUCCGUCCCCGGACGUGAUCAUCCUGUCGGACAACGAGGCUUCCAGUCCCAGGGGGACGCCCCACCCCGAGGAGAGGCUGCACCAGGCCAACCUGGAGAUCUUCAAGGGGAAGACUGGCGAGGAGCGGCAGCAGAUGAUCAAGGCUCUGAGGGAAGAGCUGCGUCUGGAGGAGGCCCGUCUGGUGCUGCUCAAGAAGCUUCGGCAGAGCCAGAUCCAGAAGGAGAAUGUCGUGCAGAAGAUACCAGUGGUCCAGAAUACCCCCUCUUUAGUGCAGCCAUCCCCCAUCCACAGUUCACAGGGGAUGGGAAAGCUGCCGGUGCGCCCUGGCAUGCAUACCCCGGAGCCCCAGAACUUUCGCAGUGUACAGGGUCACACAGUCAUCAGGUCGGGGGCCAAUGCCUCCCUGCCACCGAUGAUGAUGUCACAGAGGGUCAUCGCCCCCAACCCAUCCCAGCUACAUGGCCAGAGAAUGACCUCCAAGCCUGGCAUGGGCCGCUCCAGCACGGGCAGUAUGAGCAACAUCAGCUACCAGCAGGCCACCAGCCAGCAGGUGGCGGCGUCCCAGCGUUCGGGUUCCUCUGCAAUCUACAUGAACCUGGCCCACAUGCAGGCGGCAGGGGCUGGUGGUGUGGGCGGUGUGGGGAUGGGCGGCAGUGGGAUGGGCGCUGUCAGCCCUUCCACCAUAUCGAGUGGCACAGGUGGCGGCAGCAGCUCCGGCGUGAGUUCCCUGGCGGACCAGGCCAGCAGCCAGGCGGCAGCCAAGCUGGCCUUGCGCAAACAGCUGGAGAAGACCCUGCUGGAGAUUCCCCCACCCAAGCCUCCGGCCCCACUGCUGCACUUCCUGCCGUCGGCCGCCAACAGCGAGUUCAUCUACAUGGUAGGCCUGGAAGAGGUGGUGCAGAGCGUCAUCGACAGCCAGGGUAAGCUGCGGGGGACGCUGUCGCGCAUGGAGCCCUUCUUCUGCGGCCAGUGCAGGAUCGACUUCACACCCCACUGGAAGCAGGAGAAGGGUGGGCGUAUCCUCUGUGAGCAGUGCAUGACGUCCAAUCAGAAGAAGGCCCUGAAGGCGGAGCACACCAAUAGACUGAAGAACGCAUUCGUGAAGGCCCUGCAGCAGGAGCAGGAGAUUGAGCAAAGGCUCCAGCAGCAGGCGGCCCUCUCUCCCAGCACAGCUCAGACAGUUCCCAACGUCAGCAAGGCCGAGACCAUGAUCCGACAUCAUGCCCUGCGUCAGGCUCCCCAGCCUCAGGCCUCCAUGCAAAGGGGUCUCUCCAGCUCGGCGAGGGGCGUCCUCUCCAACUUCGCCCAGGCAUCCCAGCUCUCCGUGGCCAGCGGCCUUCUGGGGAUGACGGGGAAGCAGCGCUGCGGAGGAGGAGGUGGCAGCAGUAGUGGUGGCGGUGGCAGCAGUCGGAUCCAGCAUGAUGGCCGUCGCCAGAUCUACAACAUCCCCGGUGGGUUUUUGAGAACCCCUUAUGGGUUGAACAUUGCAUACCUGAACCAAGGAGGGGUUGGGGCCCACAAGGGCUCCAGCUUAGCUGAUCGCCAGAGGGAGUACCUGUUGGACAUGAUCCCGCCACGCUCCAUAUCGCAGUCCAUCAACGGACAGAAAUGAACCCCGCCCUUUACCCCCACCUUCCCAAUUCUCUCCCCAAGGGCCACCUUCUCCAACCCCCCCCCCCCCCCUCUGCCGCCAUGCCCUCACAAAAAAAGACCACCUCCCCCACCCCAUUGCAUGCAGUGCCUGUCCGUGUGCCUACCUAAACUAACCCAUGGAAAACGACACAAUCAGCCUGAGAAACGACACAAUCAGCCAGACAAAAGACAACCAAACUGUCAGUGCAUCUUCUCGACUUUCUUACUAUAGCAAAAUGAUUUAGAAGACUCUCAAAUAAUUUGUACUACUAUUAUUGUCGCUGUUACUAUUAUUAUUAUGAUAACUGUUACCGCUUCAGUUACUAUUACUCUUAUUAAGCUUUUUUAUUGUUAUGCUAUGUAGAGCGCCUUUCAGUUCAUACCUUUACUUUUAUUUAUUGGGGGGGGGGGCGACUAUUGCAGGGUUGCUUUCGGAUUUCAUUGUUUUUCUUUUGGCAUAAUUGUAUUUUUAGUUACUCCCCUUCUACACUCCAUAUGUAUGGUUAUUUUAGUUUUCAAAAUGUUUAAAGCCACCUUCUGUUAUGGAUUGGAUUCUGGUGAAGUUUCAACGCGGCAAAAGAGAUGGACAUAUCGCUAUGUAAGAGGGCGAUCAUGUGGAAUGAACCGGAUCUAACUGGACACUGGUCCAAAUGACUGACUGCCCUGCUUUGAGUCGACCAGCAAAGAUGACGGAUCAUAACCAGGAAGCACUAUUCAUAUUUUUAUUUGACACAGUAUUAAUGGAAGCGAGAAAAUCCAGAAAGUGCACGCUAUGGAGCAGAUAGAUUUUUAAAAAAUCUAUGAACUAAGCACAGGAAAGUCCACUGGUGUUUGCGGUGAGAAAAAAAAACUCUGCUAUGUCACCGGUGGAGGCCAAGGCCUGCAUAGAGAAGGAGCGUGGCAGCCAUUUUGGACUGUGGCGUAUCGUCCCAUCUCGCUGCUUGGCACAGGCCUGAAAAUGGGGUCAUGAAACCUGCCCCCAAGAUUCUCCAUUGCCCCUCAAUGCCUUCACUUUCAGAGUAUGCAGAGACUUCAAACCUUUCUAAACCCAACUGUUCCUUGUGGUACCGCGAGGGAAAUGAAGAGGACUCGAGCAGGAGGUGGCAGUGGCAUGUUAUUUGUUUUCUUGUUGAUGUAGGGUUUCUUGAUUUGUCGUUGUUUUUUUUGCGCCGUCUCCUGUAGAAAAGGCUGCGUAUCUGUGAGGUACUUGCCCCAGGAGACGAUAAUUAUCAAAAAAUAGUGAACAGAUUGAAACUAUUCAAAUAUCUAUAUGGAUUAUGUAUUGAUGGCUAGCUUGAGAGAAAGGAGACUGAAAUGGAUUUAUCUAGCAAAUGGGAUAGAUGGAUCAAUCAUUGUGUUCAGGCAAUGCACACGAGAUGCCUCAUUCUCGAGGAGCACUUUUCUUAUUAUGAAUAAAAUGAAAAUAAAAGGUUAAAAAUUGUACAAUUCCCAGGUACCCCAAGGUGCGGAUGUCAUCCGAUUGUCUUCGGGAGAGAGAGACCAUUGUCCAGAGUGUUCAUGUGGACUGUAUCAGACAACAUUCAAUUGGUUCACCCUCUUAUCUUUUCAAUGAUUUGAACAGUUUUGUUAACGCUGGCACUGACACCAAAUAGUUUUUAUCCUUUUUCUUUUUUGUUGCUCCCCCCCGUUGUCCUUUGGGGCAUCGGUCAUACAAGCAGGGUCUCUCACACCUGUCAACACUCUUUUACCACUGCCACACACAUUUCACCAGCAGCACUUUCUAUGUUUGUCUUUCGGUUUGGUUUUGAAGUCAAGUUUGCUACACGUCAUACAAUACAUUAAAGCAGUGUUCAGUAAAUGUGCAGUAUUACUCCGAGAGAGGUAGACCAGCAGAUAUUCAAUUGGUUUAGGGUUUGUCUGGCUGGCAUAGGAGAUCGGUUUUUACAUGUGUCUCCAUGUAGAAGCUAUAGGGAGUUUAUGGCUAGUCUUGGGAAGAUCAGACAGGGCUUUUAGUUUGUGCUUGGUUCAGCGUCACAGUUUUCAGUCUUUCAGGCUUUUAGCGGAUUGUUGCAUUAUAUACUGCUAUAACCUAUCUUUGCAAUUUCACCUCUCACUGUAUCAGGAGUUUAGGUCAACCGUUGGAACGACAUAAAACAUUUGCCCCUGUAGGCCAUUGGCUCAACAGCGUAUUAUGUCUGUUUUUGGUCAAAAAGGUUAUUGAAUAAAGGGUUGGGGCACAUCACCGUCCCAAUGGCCAUAGAGAGUCUUAAGUAAAGCCAAAGGACCAUCGAAGACCCUGCAAUAAUAUUGUCACUUAAAAAUGUCUCACCUGUAUUGUUCACUGGCCUCAAGAAAGAGUUUGGGGUUUUUCACCCUCUUAUGCACUGACAACCUGUAUGGUGUGGUUGUGAGAUUAUGACCUACACUGUUAGAGUGGAAGCUAUGAGGAGCUGAACCAAACAAGAUGGAUUCUUUGAAAUGGGGGUAAUCUACUGAUUUGGAUCAAUCUCAGGAUAGUUAACACUACUAUCACUGGGUGUGUGCAGUUUAGCAGGCCUGACAUGACGGGCUUACAUUUAGUCCUACGGCAGAGUAGUCUGAAAAUUGGAUACAAGCUCUACCCACUGGAUACACAGAUUUGGUGUGUCAAGUGCACUCAUGCAGUGGCCUAUGAAAUCUCAAGUUCCCAUUUCCUAGUUCUUGUAAGUUAUUUAUACUGAACAUACACCAAGUCAUUAUGAAACUACCUUGGGUUUGAUUGGCAGGUGCAAUAUGUAGAUGUGAAUGGAAGUUUACAUUCAGAAGAGAAGGUUUUUUGUUGUUGCUUAUACUAUUGUCAAUCAAUACCUUCUUUUGUGGUUGGUUACUAUAGGAUGUCAUUUGAAAAAAUGUUUGUUGGGGUACAUUUUCUUUCCCACCCCAUCAUAUAUUUGAUUUGACUGUCGUUUUUUUUCUAUGUCCUUUUGCUACAAAGCUGGACUUGUAUAUUGAAGAUCCUUUCUCUCUCUUGCAGACUUUAAUAGAUGAAUCCACACACCUUGGUAAUUUCAACCACAAUCUUUUAUUUUUAUGUCAAAUGUUUUAGGGUUUUUAAAUGUCAUUCUUCUAUUUCUGAUGUCUCAAUUCAGUUAAUUUUUUUGUUUGGUUUGUAAUGUUUUAAGUUUUCAAGAAAAAAUCUAAAAAAUUAUCAAACAACAUUUUAUUGACUGAAAUAAAAAUGACACGAUAUUUGCUAGGUCAGAAGUAAUAAUGACUUAUUGUACAUAAGCUUUUUUUCUCCCUUCAAAAAAAAAUGGUAUAUUGUGUAGAAAAGCAAACAAAAAGCCAUGAAUAUAGUGAAGCUUGCCAUUUCGUUUUGUGAUCACUGUGUAUUAUUGUGUAACAAAUGUGCAAAAUGUAUGGGAUUCUCUUAUUAUUAUUUUUUACACAUUUUCUCCCUGGAUGUCUUUUUUUGUUGUAGUGAGUAGUGUUUGCCAGAAAAGUGGUCAUUGUUCUGAUGGAUUUAGAUCUAUUCCACAGGCUUUGAGCAUGAAGGAUGUCAAGUUCACGUAUGUUUGUUGUAUGUUCUAUUAGAAACUCAACGCUGUUCAGUGUAUUUCUUACUUUGGUUGAGCUCAUGCAGACUUCAUUUGUGAGGACGUGGCAUGGGUCAAAACGCUGACGGACAGUACUACCCCGGGAUAGUCAUCAAAUCCACAGAUCUCUCUGUGUUUUGUUGAUUUCAAUUUCUGUACUGAACUACAGGGCUACCCAUGUCUGAAAUUACAAGUUAAAAAAGUUACAUUUCCUUUGCUUUCUUCCAUAUUUCUAUGAAUAUGAAAAGGUGACAUUUUGUAAUGCUCCUGCUUUCCAUUGGAACAUAUAAGUUGUCAACAAAGAAAAAUACAAAAUAAAAUAAAAAGUAUUUGUUUUUAAUCUAGUGUGCUAGGAGCUGUUGGAGAUGAGUGAAAUAUUGCCCUCGUCACCAUUUUGUUCUGGUCAACAUCUGUUUUGGGGAAUUUUCAUGGAGUUAUCAAACUGACAACACUAUAUUGACUGCCAUAUAAGUGAGUUAAAUAAUAAUGGGGUUGUGUCUAAAACCUUUUAAGGCAGAUAAAGCUGCCCAUCAGGACAGUGUUCGUUAUGGGGUUUACUAAUCGUGAUGUCAUUCUGAUGGAGGACUGAUCACAUUUCCUGGCUACACAAAUGUAUUAUUUUAUUGGUAUAAUUUCAUUUACUCUUUGGCAUUUUAGUUAUUGUUGGAAAUACAGGUAACUUUUUGAAGGGGAGGGAGGGGGGAUUUAUUGCAAAUCAUUUUCUAAAUUUGAUGUGAAUAUGCUGAAAGCGUUUCUUUUUAUACAUAUAAAAUUAACUGCAAUUCCUCAGUUUGAACAUUGCAUAAUGUUGAUGUUGUAUAUUACAUUUGUGAGAAAAAAAUGACAUUGAUAAUGACUCAAUCUGUAUCAAUUGAAUGGACAUUGGGGAAUGGGUGAAAAGAUUAAAAUGAAUUUUGAUCCUAUAAAAAAAGCCCUUUUGUUUUAUUUUGAUUUCAAAUGUAAAUCCUGACCUUUUGCACAUACUUGAUAUUUAACUGUCUUCAAAAAAACAAAACAAAAAUGAAAGAAUAUUGAUGCUGUUUGAAAACUGCCAGUUGGUUAAUAAUGAUUAUGCAUUGACUGAAAAAAUAAGCUAAUUUUGGAGGAAAUAACUUUGUAAUAUUUAUCUCUUGCAAGCUAUGUUUAAUAAAGGAUGGAACGAUUUA